GGCUAGUCUGGCCGGCCUGCAGCCAUCUGUCCGACGCGUGUUUCUUGCGGUCGAUGUGUUUUCGAGGCAGCGAUGUGAAGACACGGCGGUCGUGGCUGUGGCGAGAGCGCGGGAUAGGCGUCAUGUCCGCGUCCCAAGCGACGUGAGAUGUAGCCUAGCCGUGUUCAGGUCGCGCCGGUCUGCACCUCAAUGAUGGUGAUACACACUCACCAAGACAUCUCGUUAUGGUACCUUCUGGUCGCUUUCCUUGCGAGUUGGAGUGUUGUGGGGAGUGGGGCGCAGCAGAUGUCGCCGCAGCAGCUGUCGCCGCAGCAGCUGGAGCAGCAGAGCGAGCGGCUGGAGAACGCCACGCAGACCAUCUCGCGCAUCCUCGAGGGAUACGACAUACGCCUCAGGCCCAACUUCGGAGGUGACCCGCUGUACGUGGGCAUGGACCUCACCAUCGCCAGCUUCGACUCCAUCUCCGAGGUGAACAUGGACUACACCAUCACCAUGUACCUGAACCAGUACUGGAAGGACGAGCGGCUGUCCUUCAGCAGCGACGACCGCGUCCUGGCGCUGUCGGGGGACUUCGCCGAGAAGAUCUGGGUGCCCGACACCUUCUUCGCCAACGACAAGAACAGCUUCCUGCACGACGUGACGGAGCGCAACAAGCUGGUGCGGCUGCACGGCGACGGCAGCAUCACCUACGGCAUGCGCUUCACGACCACGCUGGCCUGCAUGAUGGACCUGCACUACUACCCGCUCGACUACCAGAACUGCACCGUGGAGAUCGAGAGCUACGGCUACACGGUCAUGGACGUGGUCAUGUACUGGAAGGACACCCCCGUGCGAGGCGUGGAGGAGGCCGAGCUGCCGCAGUUCACCAUCAUCGGCUACGAAGUGAACGACCGCAAGGAGAAGCUGGCGACGGGCAACUACCAGCGCCUGUCGCUGUCCUUCAAGCUGCAGCGCAACAUCGGCUACUUCGUGUUCCAGACCUACCUGCCGUCCAUCCUCAUCGUGAUGCUGUCGUGGGUGUCGUUCUGGAUCAACCACGAGGCCACCAGCGCGCGCGUCGCCCUCGGCAUCACGACGGUGCUGACCAUGACGACCAUCAGCACGGGCGUGCGAUCCUCGCUGCCGCGCAUCUCCUACGUCAAAGCCAUCGACAUCUACCUGGUGAUGUGCUUCGUGUUUGUGUUCGCCGCGCUGCUCGAGUACGCCGCCGUCAACUACACCUACUGGGGGGCGCGUGCCAAGAAGAAGACUAAGAAGACCAAGGAGGCGGAGGAGAAGCGUUCCAAGCCAGAGCUGACGUGUGUUCCAGCGACCGCACGGCCCGGCACGUCGGCGCAGCACGAGAUCAUCGAGCUGCAGGACCUGCGCAUGUCGCCCAUCCCGUCCAUACGCAACCGCCACGACGGCCGGAGCACGUCUGCGGAGACGCUGGACCCCGCGCGCUUCCCGCCCAGCUUCCGCAUGAGCCGCUCGCACAGCCACGCCGGCCUGCGCUUCCGGGGCCCGCGCGGCGCCGCGCCGCAUCACCGGCCGCGUGUCUUCACCGCCCUGCGGCGCGGCGCCUCGGCCCUGCGCGCCUCCAUCCCGCGCAUCAAGGACGUCAACCUGAUCGACAAGUACUCGCGCGUCAUCUUCCCCGUCUCGUUCAUGGUCUUCAACGCCGUCUACUGGAUAUUCUACUUCCUGCCCGCGUCGCACGACCCCAGGACCAAGUGAGCGAGGGGCCCGCCUGCUCUCUCCCGCAGAGCACUGAUGCAUUUAAAACGAACAUCCUGACUUGAUCCUAGAGAAAUAUUUUUUUUUAGAUACCACGUGGUUCACUUCGAUGUUUUGUGGUAAAAUGCUGCAAUGUGAAGAACAGAAAUAUUCUUUUCAUAGCUUUUAAUGAAACAGACACUACAUUAUUUUUUAAUAGACAUGUCAUGAAUGGUGUGCAAAACCCUGUUGCACUUGUGAGAGGAACAAUGCAGGGACUAUCUAUGUGUCUGUGCGUGUCCGUCACAACUAAACAAACAUCCACGCCAAGUGUUCGUCCCGGAGAAAUGUCUGUCACCACAUCCGAUGCUAUUCCUCAGAAUUAAACUAAGUACUUCUGGCUGGAGUUGGGAGUGGCAAGUUAUUUUGUGGUUUCACUGAAUAAGGUUAGGCAAUAACAAUUACGUAUACUCCCAUAAUCAGGUAUUAGAUGCUCACUCAAGUGCAAGCCAAGAGCUAUUGUUCACUUUCCCUAGCAUCACUAACCAUUACGAGUUGUGAUGUGUGUUGUGCAUCAGUAUGACUAAACCAUCUCUACGUCUGUGAGUUGCUAAUCCCUACCCGACAACUUCCAUUUCAGAAUUUCUUACGCUUUAUAAAUAAUCUUGAGACGUGGUUCAAAAUAGUUCUUUUAAUUUUACCACAAAAGAAUGCAAAUUAUGAAAAUGUGUCAUAGAUUAUGUCUACAAUAUCAAGUCAUGUGACAAUAUAAUUUUGUAGAUCAAUGUACCGAUGUAAACACAUCCUGAGAUUAGAUGUUAAGUCCAUCUGUUACAAAGAAUCCAACAUGUGCUCUACAAUUUCAUGUUUCAUUUACAUUAAAAUACACACAAACGUGACACACUGCAUUGCACAAACUUCUCAGCACUGCUUCCAGACACCCUCCUCAAUCAGUACAUAUUUGCAUUUGUAAGUCAACACUAUCAACCUCAAAAUACAGUUGAAGUAAACUAUGCAGCAGUUACACAGAACUCCAAAAAUAUUUAAAUAAACAUUACAAAAGCGCACGCAGCUACAUACUAUCUGCACACACUCCGUUCCAGUUUAGUUUUUGUCUUUUUUUACCAGUUUGUGGAAGUGUUUUGAACAACGUUUGUCCGUGUUCACCGAUUCGCUAGAGUAAGUUCAGAAUAAAGACAAACUAUAUUAAUAGCCAUAGCAGUUGCAAACAUAUCUUCAACAGCAUUAAUAUUUGUUUUUGCUUUCAUCAGAGUUUGAAGCUAGUAAAAUUUCACACAAAAGAUAGUUUCAAGAUUCUAGUCAUAUCUUUCAAAAAUAUGACUUUGCUACUAUCAAGUAAAAUUUUCAAAAAUGGUUUUAAGUUAAAUAGUCAAAGAUGAUGAGUUUAUAAAAUGGAAACAAGAUCUGGGUUUGCUAUUUUGUCUUGUUAUGGUUGUAGCCUUCCGACCAAUUUUAAGUGUGCACAACGGCUAAAGGAACAUGUCAACUCAAAGUGAGUUCUCAUGAAGUACGUAGUAGUUGUCCACGUGCAGCCUAGAGGUUCAACCACACACACACACACACACAUCGUCACUAGCUGGAACUAGAGUAGGGUCGACCCGGAGGCAACACGUUACAAACGCACUCCUGGUGAUGGGAUAGCUCGCUGUCCCGACCAUGCAGGGUGUUUCCGGAACAGCACAUGGCAUGGCACAGUUUCUGCAGCACGUGAAGGCGUGACUGGCGAGCGACCAACAUUCCGUGGUGAAAUUUGCUAGUCGAGGUUUUCGUUUGGACAUGGAAACAAAGUGUAAAUUGCUACGAGUGUUCUUUACCAUUUGUAUUGCACAAUGAAGAUUUUUUUUUCAUAAUGUUUUAUGGUAAAAUACUACCGUACAUUAAUGUGCCAACUGUUUUUUUCAAAAAAAAACUUUUAAGCUUAAAUACUUAUCGAAUUAAUAAUUUAAUUAAUGCUUUUUAUGUAAGCAAUUAUUUUUUGCAGUUCUGUUUAUUACAGCAUUGUGUUAGGUGACACAAUCAUCCCAAAGCCUUCAUUUUUUGCGGUAUGAUAAAUGAUAACUGAUACAUAAAAAUAAAUUAAAAAGUACUUUUUUUUCUAAAACCAAAUUAUGAAAAAUAUUGUUUUACAUGCCUGUCUACAGUUUGUAUAAUCUUAUGUUAAUGCAUUUAUUACCUAUUGUAAAUGGUAGAAUGGACGAAAAGCCACGCAGACCGUACUACCUACAUAUUUACGAGUUUUAAGUUCAGCGGGUGUAGUCAACUGCUUUAAAUGACAAGAGCUUCAAAAGGAACAUGAAACUUUAGAAUUAAUAGUCAAGAUAACUUCUUCAGAUUUGGAUCAAAUACUGUGUAGUUUGGAAACAUGUGCAAAAUGAAAUUAAUUUUAUAAAAAGUGCUAUAACUUAGUUUUACUACUAAAUUUUGCUAGGUUGAUAUAGGCUGUUGCGAAAAAAUUCUUAGGUAGGCAGACAUGAAAAUUGUUUUAUUGUUAUUAUGAAAAAAUAUAUUUCUUGGUUCAAUACUGCUUCAAAUUUUGUUAAUACAUAAUAGUUCCAAGAAGUUUUGUACAGAGUUAACUAGAAGAACAAUGCAAAAUGUUUAAGUCAAAUUACAAAUAUUGUUUUUACUCCAACAAAGGCCACGUUACGCAUGACAAAGUCGCGAGCCGGCCUGGGCAGUUGGAGGAUGUGCCUGACGCUUGUCCAGUCGUCCAGCUCUGCAGCCCUUGCUGAAGGGGCAGGUCGUGGAUCGACCGGCCCGAGACAUCGACACGAUCAACCAGAGGGAGGGUACGCCUUUCCCCUAACGUUCCAACGGACGAUGGACCGUGGGGCAGUGCCCUCGAAGAGGUAGCCAUCAUGUCAAAGAACACUUAAGAGCUCCAAGACUAGAGGCCUGGUUAUGAACUAUGCAAGAUGUUCAACAACCACAUUUUUGAACAUCGGUUUAUAAACUAAUCAAGGAGCAAUAACGCAGUGCAAUUAUUGUUCAACUCCCUUUAUUUUAUUACAUUUUGGCUUGCGUUUUCGACGGCCAUAUUCGAAGAUAUGUGUCCCUAAAACUUUUAAAGACAUAGACAUUAUAUGGAUAGAAAUCCUGUGUUAUUUUUAUUACAUAAAUCAUGUUUAAACAUAUUGAACUUUCAAAUAGUGAAAGAUAAUAACACUCUCAGACCAAAUAAUUGUAAAUUUCUUUUGUUUUCAUUAUAAACAUGGAUUGUUAAGAGAAGCCCGGGGUAGAAAUAUGUUUUCUGAUGGGGUACAGUUAAGUUAUAAACAUUGAGGUGACUUGCUUGUUGCAUCGUUGCAAUACUUGCGUAGUUUAUAAACUCAGCCUUACUGUGGCAUGGCAGUGCUCUCAAAUACAGUCACGAAAAUACACUUAUUUACACAAACACUUGGCGAACAGUUGGCCAGCGUGGGGCCGCCGCUCCGCCACACGUGUGGAUGGCUUGCGGACGAGCAACAAGCAACACCACCGAGCGACGACUAGGAACGAGUCUGCUCUGUCACAUGACCUAGGGUCAACUGCAGCCAUUGCUCCAGGGGCUGCAUUUCCAUGACCGCAG